CGGGUGAAGAAAAAGGGCAGUAAGAACGCGAAACGACAUCCCGCAUGAUGAAACUUUUGUAUGGUGCACUUUCUUAAAUUUGAUGCCUGUGUCCUUUUUGUGACUUGUUUGUCGAAGAAACUACUCGUGGCGAAUCCUGAAACAUGUGGGCUGCCAUCCGUAUGCGCAGUGGCGUGUCACGAACGCUGUCCUCCGUGCAACAGCGAUAUGCGAGUACUUGGCGGACGACCAGUGUCGUCUGUUCGAGACAAACUCCAAGAGGAGUUUUGACACAAAGCCUGCAAGAUAGCCGACGACAUCUCUUUUCGUCAGCCAGGAGAGCUUUGAGCUCGAUCCCUGGAAGCUCUGGAAGUGGCCAGGACGACGGGUCUGCCGCCAGUCCUGAAGAGGACUUCGGACCCAUAACCCAGACGCUGCCGGCAACAGUCGUGGUUCCAGAAGUUUGGCCCAAUGUACCCCUGGUGGCAAUCGGCAGAAACCCGGUUUUUCCAAGAUUUAUCAAGUUGAUUGAGAUAUCUGAUCCUAUGCUGAUGGAUGUUAUUCGUAGAAAAGUCAAGCUGAAUCAACCAUAUUGUGGAGUGUUCCUCAAGAAAAAUGAAGAAAAUGAGUCCCAAGUUGUUCAAAACUUGGAUGAUGUUUACCAGAUUGGAACAUUUGUUCAAAUUCAUGAGCUUCAGGAUGUAGGAGAUAGAUUACGCCUUGUUGUAAUGGCUCACCGAAGAAUUAGGAUAGUGAAACAAAUUGCUGAUGUUCCAGAAGAAGCACCCGAAGAAAUGAAACUCCGAUUCCCUAAUUCAACAAUUGAUGUUAUUGUAGAGGACUCUGACUCUGACCGAAGAGGUCUUCGAAAGCGCCGAAAGAAGAGGCCUACCUUUGCCUCUGAGACUGAUGGUGUGAAAAUGGUUUCCGAAAAAGCAGAUAUUCCGGGCACUGAAACUGGGCCGAUAGAUGGGCUUCAAAUUGAAAAAGUUGAAGAUCUUAAUGGUAAUUCAGUGUCAGCUGAUGGAGCUCAAGUAGAUGAUGUAAAUGGAGCAGUUCUUAUGGUAGAAACUGAAAAUGUAGUUCACAAUUCUUUCCGGCAAACUGAAGAAAUCAAGGCGUUGACGCAGGAAGUCAUUAAGACUAUUCGAGACAUUAUCAACUUGAAUCCACUUUAUAAAGAAUCGUUGCAACAAAUGUUGCAUCAAGGUCACAGAGUGGUUGACAAUCCAGUGUACUUGUCUGAUCUUGGUGCCGCGUUAACUGGUGCAGAUCCAGCAGAAUUGCAAGCAGUCUUGGAGGAAAUGGAUAUAAACAAAAGACUCCUCCUUUCUCUUGGCCUUCUGAAAAAAGAGCUGGAGUUAAGCAAACUGCAACAAAAAAUUGGCAGGGAAGUAGAGGAAAAAGUUAAGCAACAACAUCGCAAAUAUAUUCUCCAUGAACAGUUGAAAGUUAUAAAAAAAGAAUUAGGACUUGAGAAAGAAGACAAAGAUGCAAUAGGAGAAAAGUUCCGGGAAAGAAUUAAAGAUAAGAAUGUCCCGCAGGAAGUCAUGGACGUGGUUGAAGAAGAAUUAAACAAGCUGAGUUUGCUUGAAAAUCACUCAUCUGAGUUCAAUGUUACACGCAAUUAUUUAGAUUGGCUAACUACCUUACCAUGGGGAAUUUCUAGUGAAGAAAAUUUAGAAAUUAAUCGAGCUUCUGAUAUUCUUGAAGAAGAUCAUUAUGGAAUGGAAGAAAUUAAGAAGCGAAUUUUAGAGUUUAUUGCUGUCAGCCAGUUGAAAGGAAGCACCCAGGGUAAAAUCCUUUGUUUCCAUGGCCCUCCUGGUGUAGGAAAAACGAGUAUAGCUCGCUCCAUUGCUCGUGCCCUUAACCGAGAAUAUUUUAGGUUUAGCGUUGGUGGUAUGACAGAUGUAGCAGAAAUCAAAGGACAUCGUAGAACGUAUGUUGGAGCCAUGCCUGGAAAAGUAAUACAAUGUUUGAAAAAAACUAAAACUGAGAACCCACUAAUACUUAUUGAUGAAGUUGAUAAGAUUGGAAAGAGUCAUUCUGGUGAUCCAGCAUCUGCUCUUCUUGAAAUGCUCGAUCCAGAACAAAAUAAGAACUUCCUAGACCACUAUUUAGAUGUUCCUGUUGACCUCUCUAAAGUGUUGUUUAUUUGCACAGCAAAUGUGAUUGAUAGAAUUCCUGAUGCAUUACGGGAUCGAAUGGAACUUAUUGAAAUGUCGGGCUAUGUUGGCGAAGAGAAACUGGCGAUAUCCAAGCAGUAUCUUGUUCCCCAAGCCAUGAAAGACAGUGGGCUAACAGAAACACAUGUUUCUAUCACUGAUGAUGCUUUGAACACAAUUAUUAAGUCAUAUUGUAGAGAAAGUGGUGUCCGAAAUCUCCAGAAGCAUAUUGAAAAAGUUGUGCGGAAAGUUGCGUUUAAAGUUGUGAAGAAAGAAGGUGACCAAUUCAGCAUAGAGCCAAGUAAUCUACAAGACUUUGUUGGUAAACCUGUGUUCACCCAUGAUCGAAUGUAUGAAACUACACCUCCUGGAGUUGUAAUGGGACUGGCUUGGACCUCAAUGGGUGGAUCUGUUUUGUUUAUUGAAACCACUACCAGAAGAAGUACCCCAGUGGAAUCUGAUGACAAGAAGCCUGCUGCUGCGGGCUCUUUGGAAAUCACAGGUCACUUGGGAGAUGUCAUGAAAGAAUCUGCAAGAAUUGCCUUGACUGUGGCUAGAAACUAUAUUUCUGAGAAUGAUCCAACAAAUAAAUUCCUGGACACUGCUCAUUUACAUUUGCAUGUGCCACAGGGUGCUACACCCAAAGAUGGACCCAGCGCUGGCUGCACUAUUGUGACUGCACUUUUAUCACUUGCCAAAAAGAAACCAAUUCUCCAAGAUGUUGCCAUGACUGGAGAGGUAUCACUGACAGGAAAAAUUUUGCCUGUUGGUGGAAUCAAAGAAAAAACCAUUGCUGCCAAGAGAGUAGGAGUGAAGACAAUAAUUUUGCCAGAAGAAAACAAGAAAGAUUUUGAUGACCUACAAAAGUAUAUUAGUGAUGGACUUGAUGUGCACUUUGUUAGUGACUACAGUGAAGUUUAUAAAAUUGUUUUCCCCAAUGAAAACUGAUCCCUCAUCCAUAAGUUUGAAAGUGUUAAAGCCAUUAACCCUGUACUGUAGGUAUAUGUGGCAAUGUGUGAAUGAAGUAUUACCACAUUCUCUUGUAUGUAACAUUUAUGACAUCAGAAGUGCUUCUUAUGAAUGAAUAUUGGUUCAAAUGAACAUUCCUCAUAAUUGAUUUAAACUGAAAAAGUUCAGUACUGUUUCUGUUCAUCACUUUACCCCUUGAUUGUGACAUGUAUAGGAAUUAAGUCCACUGUAGAAAGUCAAGAAGACCUUAUUUGCUAAGCCACUAGAACUUAUUUAGAGAAUUAUGUUAUGAAUGUUUUACUGAAACCUUGACUGUGUUCAUGUUUUCUCUUGUUUCUGGUAGGAUUCUUCCUCCUAUGUUAAAAUGGUUUGAGGAUGUCCGACCAAUUUGUUGAUUGUUACAACUCUGAGGGCGGAGGUCUCGUGUGGGCUCCAUCCUGCCCAUA